UUGCAAUACAACUUCCACUAACUUGUCCACUAAUAUUUGAUCAAACCCGGUAUACUACACGUUACUAACACCGAAUUUUUAUCGCACUGGUAUACUAAUCCUAAGAAAAAUGGCGGUCUGUGCAGCAAUAGUUGGAAAAGAUAACUCCCCGAAAUAUUUUGCUUGCACAAAUCCCGACGAAGAACUUAAUUUUCAGUACAAAGUUCUGUCAUCAUUAGAUGUUGUGGAAGAGAAACUAAAUGCUGCUAAUAAAGGAUCGGAUAUGAGAGAGUUAUACUUAGGAAUUUUAUAUUCUCUGGAAACUCAUAAAAUAUACGGUUACGUCACCAACACGAAAAUAAAAUUUAUUAUAGUAGCAGAAUCAACUAAUACAGCACUUAGGGAUAAUGAAAUUAGAUCAAUGUUCAGAAAACUACACUCCUUGAGAGCAUAA